AUGGGAAGGACCAUCGGAUCGCUGCCCCAGCACGUUCGAGCCACUAGGGGGCGAUAGGGGGCAGCUUGGCAGAAACAGCUGCCCAGAUUUAGGCUGAUCAGCAGAGAGGUUUCACCCCAUCCCUUCCUGGGGGGUGGGGGUCCCCGCUUCUCGCACGGCCCCUCCCUCCUCUCAGCCUCGGCCCUGCCCUCCUCUGCUCCGCGCCCUUCCUUCCCCCUCCGCUGCAAACCCUUUCCCCUUUCUUUCUGCUGACCUAGCAGCUCACUGCCCUGCAGGGGCGUGGUGGUGGGUUUAAUCAGUGACAGGAAGCCACCUCUGGCAGAGUGGACAGGGCCGUGGUCAGGACAGCACAGCAGCACAAAGCCGUCCCCGAGAGUCACAGGGACUCCUACCUGCACCUGCCUCCCCCCUGCUUCUGACAUGGGCCAAUUUGGGGUCCUCCUCUUGCUGCUGGGAAGCCUGGGGGCUCUGGCUGAGAUCUGUGAAAUACCAGAGGUGGACAGCAAGCUGGUGGAGAAACUGGGACAGCACAUCUUGCCCUGGAUGGACCUGCAGUCCUCAGAGCACCUGAAUCCCAGCCUUUACGUGGGUCUGCGCCUCUCCAGCCUUCAGGCAGGGGUCAAGGAGGAUGCCUACCUGCAUAGCCUCAAGCUGCAUUACCAGCAGAGUCUCCAGGGGUGUGCUCUUGAUGAACACUGCCCAGCCAAGCCCUCCAUGGGCCACCUGGCUUUCUACCUGCUCGCUCUCAGGGCCAACUGCGAGUCUGUUGGGGGCCGCAAGGGAGAUAGGGUGGUGUCACAGUUGAAGUGGUUCUUGGAGCACGAGAAGAAGACCAUCGGACACAGUAACAAAGGCCACCCACACACCAGCUACUACCAGUACAGCCUGGGCAUCCUGGCCUUGUGCGUCCACCGAAAGCAAGUCCACGACAGUGUGGUGGGCAAACUCCUGCAUGCUGUGGAGCAUGACCAGCCUCUGCAUCAGAGUCACCUCUCUGUGGACUCAGCAGCCAUGGCUGGAUUGGCCCUCACCUGUCUGGAGCACUCCAAUCUCAACCCUGACCAGAGAACCCGGAUGGCCUUGGCCAUUGGGACAAUACAAGAGAAAAUCCUGAAGGCCCAGACCCCAGAGGGCUACUUUGGAAAUGUCUACAGCACCCCCCUAGCACUGCAGUUAUUGCUAACAUCCUCUAUGUCUGGGGUCGAGCUGGGCAUGUCAUGUCUCAAGGCAAGUGCUGCUCUGGUAGCCAGCAUUCAAGAUGGAAAGUUCGAGAAUGUUCUCAUGAUUUCACAGCUGCUGCCCGUUCUGAACCGCAAGAGCUAUGUGGAUCUCAGUACCCCAGACUGCCUGGCACCAAGAGCCAUGUUGGAACCUGCCAGUGAGUCCCCUGAGCCAGGCCAGGUUCCCAGGGACAUCUGGGUCAUUCUGAGAGUUCCCAGCGUCUCUCCACCGUACAGCCACUUCAUCCACAUCCCUACCGGGUCCUCCUUGGAAUAUGUUCUGAAGAAGGCCCAGGAGUUUGGAGGAUUUACGUAUGAAACCCAGACCACCUUAUCUGGCCCUUAUCUGACCUCGGUGAUGGGAAAGGAAGUUGGGGAGCGUGAAUUCUGGCAGCUCAUCCGAGACCCUGACACCCCCUUGUUGGAAGGCAUUGCUGACUACAGACCGAAAGAUGGAGAAAUCAUUGAGCUGCGGUUGGUCAGCUGGUAGCUUCCAGGCCCCCGCUGCACCCCCAACACUUCCAGAAGCCUUGAGCACUUGGGCUUCUGGCCUGGGGCAAGUCCUGAUUAUGCUACCACUUCUUGUGCACUGGGAACCAGUAGCCACAUCUACAUCCCUGGGAAGGUUCUAAGCCACUGCUCAUCUGGAAGAGUGGGGCCAAGCAGUGUCCCCAAGGUCCCUGAAGGUCACCUGCUGUCUCCAAAGUACUCGACACUCCUUAGCACAAGGAGGGGCCUGCAGGCUGUUGGGCACUAGGACAAUUGACACUACCAGGAGGCCCAAACCCCAGCCCUCCACUCCGGGGUCAGUGCAUUCACUCCAGCAGGGGACUCAAAGCAGCUCCAGAGUCACUGAUUAAAGCCUUGAUCAUGCACCAGAA